GACCCCCCGCCCCGUCCAGCUGCGUCGCCAGGCUCCCUUUCCCCGCCCCGGCCCCUUCCCUCGUGGGGGCGAAAGGAAAAGAGGCGAGCCAGCUGUUGCUGCGAAGAUGGCGAGCCACCGCGUCUUCUGGCUGCUCUUCUGGCACUUGGGCUUCCUGGGCUAUUAUAAAGCAUAUGGAAUUGUCGUAGAGACAGACACGAAAGAUGUUACAGCAAACGAAUUUGAGGAGGCAUUUCUAAGCUGUAAACACAAUGAAGGGAAGGAGACUACAAGAGUAGAAUGGAAAAAAAUCACCAAAACUGGUGUUAUAUUCGUCUACUUUAAAGGUUCCUUUGUUGGUGAUUUUAAAAAUCGAGGAGAAACAGUGCAAUCAAGCAUCCGCAUUAAAAAUGUGACUAGAAAGGAUUCUGGGAAAUACCGUUGUGAAAUUAGUGCAUCCACAGAACAUGGACAACAAAUAGGGGAAGUUAUAGUCUCUCUCUUAGUGUUGGUCCCACCAGCUCCUCCUGCUUGUGAAGUGCCCAGCUCAGCUAUGACGGGGACAGUAGUGGAACUACGCUGUAAAGAAAACAAUGGUGUUCCUGCGUCGAAGUACAGAUGGUAUAGGAAUGGUGUUCUUCUGCCAGAAAGCCCAGCAUUGCGGAGCAUUAAAAAAGAGAGACUUCCUUACACCAUGAAUGCUACAACUGGAACUCUGCUAUUCAAUUCUGUUUCAAAGAAUGACACUGGAGAGUACUACUGUGAAGCUGACAAUAAAGUUGGACGGCCUCAGAAAUGUUCUGUGAAGCGAAUGCAAGUUGAUGACCUUAAUGUAGGUGGCAUCAUUGCUGCGGUGGUCAUUGUGGCUUUGAUAAUGGCUUCCUGUGGUCUCGGGGUAUAUUAUGCACAAAAGAAGGGCUACUUUUCAAAAGCACAUUCUUCAGCCAGGAAGAACAAAGCUGCAAAUAGUGAAAAGGAUUUCAAACACACCAAGUCCUUUGUUAUUUAAAAGAAACCCACCCUCCGAGGAACACCAAAUGAGCAUUUUCUGGAGCAGAAUAUCAAAGGGAUGCUCGGACUCUAUUAUAUAAAUAUUAAGAGUGGUACAUGCAAAAAAUAAACCAACGGCAAAGCCAAGGCACUAUUGCUAAAAGCUGAAGACA